GGUAAUGACGUGGCACCUGUCUCUAGAAGCAGCUCCAUUCUUCUUCGACUGGCAAUAAUGUCUUUUAAACGUUUUCAAGAAUGAACGAAGAUCGGCCGGAGAAGCGUCGAGGUGAACAGAGAAGAUGGCGGGUCAUUACAGAUGGAAGAGCUUCGAGGAGAACGAAGACCGUCCGGAGAAGCCACGCCGUUACGGUGUAACGGAGAUGCGAGGUCCUCGUUACUCCGUUCUCAGCCAGAACGUUCUUCAGGAAAUAUUUGAAUCCAUGGGGCAGUUUGUUGACGGGUUAAAGUUCUCGGGAGGCUCAAACAGUUUGAUUCCAAAGUCAUUCAUCAAGCAAGCCAUUGAAAUGGCUCAUGAGCACGAUGUGUAUGUUAGUACUGGUGAUUGGGCUGAACAUGUUCUUCGUAGUGGUGGUCCUUCAGCCUUCAAAGAGUAUGUAGAGGAGUGUAAGCAGUUGGGGUUCGACACUAUUGAGCUGAAUGCAAAUUCGCUUGAGGUUCCGGAGGACACUCUUCUACGAUAUGUUCGUAUGAUCAAGAACGGUGGUCUUAGAGCCAAACCAAUCUUUGCUGUGAAGUUCAACAAGUCUGAUAUUCCUGGGAGGAGGAACAGGGCGUUUGGUUCCUAUGUUGUUCCGGAGCCUCGAUCAAGCGAGUUUGUUGAGGACAUUGAUCUCUUGAUAAGAAAGGCAGAAAGGUGUUUGGAAGCCGGGGCAGACACCAUUAUGAUUGAUGCAGAUGAUGUAUGCAAAUACGCAGAUUCUGUCCGAGCAGACAUAAUCGCCAAAGUCAUAGGACGUUUGGGAGUAGAGAAGACUAUGUUUGAAGCAUCUGAUGCCAAGUUAGCUGAGUGGUUCAUCAAACGUUACGGUCCAAAUGUGAAUCUCUAUGUGGAUCAUUCUCAGAUAAUGGAUCUGGAGUGCCUCCGUGGUCGUCAUCUGGGUAAAGAUCACAAGUCCGUUCUUAGUUCCUCCUACUUCCUGUAUUAAAAACAAUAGCUCUCCCACUACAUCUAAGCCUGUGUGAAUUUCCCAUGUAUUAUGUCUUAUGUGUCUUAUGUUAUGUGCUUCGUUGAUGCUGUAAGAAACGAAACGUUUAGAAGAGCAUUGUGAUCUCAUAAUCACUCAGAUUGUAUGCAACCUAGUAAAUUAAUGCACUUAAAGGCUUGUUUGUCUUGAGAGUUUCACUGGCUGAAACAUUUUGAGCAAUAAUAUAAGCAGUUUCAUCA